AUGGCAGCGUUGGUCCAAACGAUUCCUCAACAAAACGGUACUGUGACGCUCCUCCAAACCCGCCCAGCAUCAUCAACUGCUCAGACCUCUUUCAUAUCCACUUCACAAAUCACCCAACCUCAAGUCGGCCGUGGACACAGCAUGUCGUUGAGUUCUUAUAAUGGCGUGAACAAUUCCGCCAACAGGAACUCGGUGGCUCCCUACGCCUUUACGAGCACCCCGGGUUUGCUGGCUGGAACUGCUAACCAGCAACGUCACAUGGCCUGGUCUCCCCAGCUUCGACCGGACAGUCUCUCACCCGCGCCGCUCUCACAGAAUAACGCCCCCAAUAACUCAUCACAUUUUGCAGCUGGUUCUGUAUCGUCCUCUUCGGGCUCUUCAAAUUCCUCCUCUCGACCUUCUUAUAUUUCACAAGAUGAUAGCAUACUUUCCUCGCGCCGAAGGACAACCGAUGUGACCCCUCGACCUUUGUCGACCAUUAACUUGUCGACCCAGUACAGCCCUAUAAGCUUGUCCACGUCCACUCCUUCUGUCGUAUCUCCCCCAUCUUCUACCUCUUCACCCUCGACCUCGACUCCUUCCAAACCACUACCUGAUCGUUAUCGACGAGUUAAACGCACCAUUACAGAUGACAAUACGGCUCAAUCAGCCGUUUCGAUACCGGCUCGAUCGUCUUCUUAUGAUCUCUCCGCAACCGCAGUGGUUCUGCCUCAACCAGCACGACCUACGAUUGUAACACACACCCGUACACCGAGUGCAGAUGACAGCCGUGUUGGAAAGCAGUCAAAUCCGGAUGUCGCCAAACGGUAUCGACGUCGCAGCUGGGCCAAUAUGGAUGCAUUCUCCCAGGAGUCUCCCUUGGACAGUUCUUCUCUAUUUGCUCCACUACCCGAUCUUAAAUUCACAACUCCAGAAUUAUCCCGACCUACAUCCUCAAAGUCGGAAAAGAGCAAUUCAAUCGACGGCAAGUCGGACAACAAGACUUCUAUUCCGAGUCUUGACUCUAAAUUCUCGACAAACGCCUCUCAUAAUCCGUCUCCGCUUGCCAACCAAGUCGCAAACAACCCAUCUCCCGCUCCUACGAAUACUACCCCAUCUACGUUGAGCAGCCCCGCCGCACAGCGUCUAGCAGACAUAAGCAGGGCCAAUGGCAAGAAGCCGGGCAAGUCACGCUUGCGAAGGGCAUUCUCGUUUGGCAGUGCUGCUGAACUUCGCAAGGUAUCCGUUCAAAACUCUAUGGGAAGACGGGAGGGCGAGCUGUCGGCAAACGCUGGUGAUGAGUUAGAUCCAGAGCAAGCUGCUAUUGCAGCACAGCAAGAGGCCAACGGGUUGGGUAAUAAUAUUUACUCCCACCAGCUGGGAUCGACCGAUAACCUUUCAAUAUCAUCGACCGCAUCUUCCGCAUCUAUUAUGCUUCGAAAGAUGGGCAGGGGAAUGAAGAAAUCCACCCGCUCACUUGUGGGUCUGUUCCGUCCAAAGUCGAUCCUCAAUGAGAGCACGGACGCAGUGGUCAUCGAACCUACCGCUCCUCAAUUGUCAGUGGUCAAUAUCGAAGCUGAGCGUAAGACUGUCACCGCCAACCCUGAUCCUCAUGAUCAGAACGGUGGUGGUACUGUCUUUCCCAAGAUUCAGCCUACCAAAGAAAAGACCAAGACUCCGGCGGUUGUGAACAACAACCUCCCUGACGUCAAUUCUCGCAAGAGUAUUGUAGGCGGAGAGCGUGAGCGUGCUGAAGUGUUGGCCGCGGUCAAGAAGGGAAUUUUGAAACGCUCUGGAAGCGCUUCUCCGGUUGGAAAACCUAUGGAGCUAACACCGCCACACAUUCCUGAUUCACCAAAUUCCAGCGCCCCAAGCACACCUGAAGAACACUCACAUCGAGUCGGCCAUCGACGAACGGAUACGGUCAAGAUUGAAGGAGAAGACUAUUUCAUGACACGCCCAGUGUCGAAGAGCGCUCCUAUUACCCCACAUCCAGGUGGAAGCAGGAGCAUUGUGUUCAGCCCACGCAUCCAGUUCCAUGAAACUUGGCCCAGCUGUGAAUACGACCGACGAGGCGAUACAGCGACAUGCAACAAGUUGACUCCUCUGUUAGCUCAGCAGAUCAAGGAGGAGUUGAAUACAUUUAAAAUGGAGAUGGAAGUUCAUGAGACAUCAAAGAUCUAUACGCAUUUCCUCUAA